AUGAAUCGUUGGAAGACUCAAAGGGACAAAAGACUUGGUAUUAUCGAGAAACUGCUCGCAGAAGUGUGGCAUUUGGACUCGAUUGCAGCGGGCUCUGCCGAGGCCGAGGCCUACUUUGAACAUUACUUGCAGUUGCCUCAAGAUCCAUGUCUUGUCAACAAGGAGCAAACAACUCUAGGUCGAACAAGUGACCAAGCCACCAAAGUUGUGGCUCUUGUGCGAAGAGUUCGCCCCUUGAUCGGAGGACGACUGCGGGAUGUCAAGACAGCAAUACGCAAAGACCCUCGGGGCGAAUUCGUGGAACCGAUCAAAGAAGCUGCUGUGGUAAACGCGGUAGACUUUGCUCUGCGUCUGUGGCUCUUCGUCCCACUAGUCCUUGACGUCGAAGAUGCAACUUUUGCAGGCUUGAUGAGAAGUGCUCUGCCGGCCCAAAUCGGUGUGCAAGGCAAAGCCCUCUCAUUCGGCGUUAACGCAAAAAAUUUGAUCAGGAGGGGUGGAUUCUCCGUACGAACCACGAGUGACCUUUCAAAGCAUCUCGACAUGGAUGAUCUUACCAUAUGGAUCUUCAGUCAUGCAGCAGUCCUCAAAGAGUAUCAAGGUUCCGGUUUCAGUCAUGUCUUCCCUGAUGAGUUUCUGCAAGAGGUAGAGCGUACCAUGCAACUGCUCUUCCCAAACAAAGGCUACAAGUCAAGCAGACGUACGCGAAAGUAUGUUCGAAAGCUGAAAGCGGAUCUGGAAACAGGGUUUGAACUCCAGCUCAAGAGACUAGACUUACUCAGGCUUGAUCGGUAUCCCUACUUCGGGCAGCGGUUGGCAGAUAUUGAAAAUCGAUAUGAUUACAGCAAGCCCAGGAAUCUGCGGCAAUGGUGGUUUGACCGUCGAAAUCGCAUUGAAUGGGCGACGUUGGUGAUUGCAGUUAUCGUCUUUGUUUUGACCGUCGUUUUCGGUGUCAUUGCUGUGGUGACUGGAGUUCUUCAAGAGCAUUAUAGUGCGCUCUCUGCACACUCUUGA